UGACAGCAAUUUGUUGCAAUUACAACUAAAUUAGAAUGUGUACUCACCAUAAAAUGUUUAGUGUAUAAAACUGUAAAGUAUUUGCAUUCAACGUUCGGUUCGACACAGUGAACUAGUGUCUUUGAUGGCAGUAUGUCCGAACGAUUGGGUUUUGUGCGCUGUCUUAUAAUUCUGUCUAUGUAUUACUGGGCUUGUGUGUCGGAAAAGAUUACGUACAUAAGUGUUGAGCAUCCGAAGGUGGAUUACAUGAAUACCAAGUACCUGGUGUAUGCCAACCUGACUGCGGAGAGGUUCAGCCGGUCGAACCCGGUGUACUACGUAGGACUACACUUCCACCACCUCAUCCCAUGGGGGAGUAAUAUCUAUAUAGAUGUGUAUUUCUACGAGCUGCUGUCGAACCAGUACAAGCGCAGCUUUGUAGAGAUGCACUUCGAUUGGUGCUACCUUGUCGAGAAAGACCUGUUCUUUGGAGCCGCUGUAAGAGCAGGCGGAUGGAAAGGGGGAUGCCCUCACGGACCGGGUAAAGUUAACCUGUACAAUAUGACAAUUAAUCCGGCAUAUAUACCCAGAGGUUUUCCUUUCACCAAGGGCAGGAUAUAUGCCAACUUCUCACUGACUAAGACUAAAGAGAGGGUAGCUGAGGGACAUAUCGACAUGCGGAUAGCGACGGUCGAAGCAAAGAGUAUUAAAUCGUUGUUCUAGUUUAAUAUACUCAUGUUAUACU